AUGACUUAUUCAAGCCAGCACAAUUGGCGUCCCAACCAGGAUCAUCGACCUACAAAUCGGGGUAGUGGGCGUCCAUACCAGAACAACAACAAGCGAUGGCCAAGCAAGAACCAAGAUGACAAGGACCACCAAGCCGAUGACCAGAUUGCUCCAAGGCAUGCAUCCGGCUCCGUCGACGACCUCCAACGAUGGGCACUGACUACUGCCAACUUCCUUCAACACGGUCACGGCAAGAGAGAAGACCAGAUCAUCGAGCGCGUUCAGCGGAGAUACGCGAACGCCGACAUUGGCGGAUACGAGAACCCUCACGCCAAAGAAGAUACGGCACAUGUUCAAGGUCUUGGCACCGUUCCAGGAAUCGAUCAGGCAUCCACCGAUGGAGGCUCUGUUUCAAGGAUGGAUAGCGCCUCCAUGAAGAGACGGCGGUCAACGUCGCCUGCUUACAACAGUCAGAACAAGAGACCCCGCUCCAAGUCGCCGCUUCAUAAGGCACGGAUGGAGAAAACUACGGCCGACUGGGUUGAGGAAGACGAUGACUACGCGCAGUCAAGUGAGUGGAGCUUUCCGGGAAGUGAAGAUGAAGGAUGA